AUGGGCUUACUUCGAUUAUCGCUAAAAAGAUGCUUUUUGUAUGUUUUCUGCGCAACUGUUAUGAUUUUGCUGGUGAUGAAUGUACGGCAGAAAGAACUGUGGCAUUCUAUCCGAGCCGAUGGACAAUCACAACCAAUUCGACCUCUUCCUGAAACAAAUAAGAUCUAAGGUAAAAUUUAACUCGCAGAUUAAGAUGAAACUUUCGUUGCCGUUGAAAACAAAGAAGCCGUUGACGGUGAUACCGCGCGUAAGGUCAAUCACACAGGACAAAGCAUUCAAUAAAAUAUUUGAGCUUCAUAGAAAUACCGGUUUGAUUGUAUCGCCAAACGGAAAACCAACAAUUGAUUGCCAUUAUCAAGUCCCCACAAACGUUCGCUUGCUUUCAAAUGUAACGGGGACAACUAGUGCAUCGGAGCCUAUUUCCGAUUUCUCAGAUCCUUCGAAAAGGCCAUGGUACAUGAAAGGCGGUACAAAGCGACCGAUUCCUGCUGUUAAAUCUAAAAAAACUGGCCGAAGAAUAGCAAGGUUGUGGCCUGAUGAAGAUCCAAACGAUGACCGUAUCACUAACCAGCUCAUGUUUGUACCAUCAGACUAUGAUAAAAGUUCAGAACGUCCACCAAAGAAAAUAAUGAUUCCUCAUGGAAUGAACGAAGCUAAAGUAGGCAAUGAAUUAUUUCAAUGGUUAGGAUGCCCAGUUAAUAAUUGUGUUAUUACUCGUGAUAAUCCAGAUUCCGCAGAUUUGAUAUUGUUUAAAGACUAUGUGACUCAUAUAGGCCGCAGAUCUCCUAAUCAGCUCUGGAUGUUGUACUUUCUUGAGUGUCCUUAUCAUACCCAAACAGUGAAAAAUGCGAUAGUUAAUUUAACAGCAACAUACCGUAGAGAUAGUGAUAUCGUUGCGCCUUACGAACGAUGGCAGUAUUAUGAUCCAAGGAUAACGCAAAUAUCACAAACAUUUAAUUAUGCCGCUAACAAAACGAAAAAAGUCGCUUGGUUUGUGUCUAAUUGUCAUGCUCGCAAUCAACGAAUGCAAUAUGCCAAAGAAUUAUCAAAAUAUAUUCAAGUUGAUAUUUAUGGAGCCUGCGGUACUUUAAGAUGCUCACGAUCACAAGCACAAACUUGUUUUGAAAUGCUAGAUCUUGAUUACAAGUUUUAUCUGGCCUUUGAAAAUUCUAAUUGUCGCGAUUAUAUUACAGAAAAAUUCUUCGUCAAUGGACUGGGGCACAAUGUUUUGCCGAUCGUGAUGGGCGCACACCCAACAGAUUACGCAAAAAGUGCUCCUUAUCGAUCUUACAUUCACGUUGAUGAAUUUGAAUCUCCGCGUGAAUUAGCUGAUUAUCUUCAUCGGCUUGACCGUGAUGAUGAAUUAUAUAACUCCUACUUCAAAUGGAAAGGUACCGGUGAAUUUAUUAAUACAUAUUUUUGGUGUCGUGUUUGUGCGAUGGUUCACGACAAUAGGCAACCAAAAUUUUACAAGGAUGUUAAUGAAUGGUGGCGUGGUGAUGAUGUUUGCACGCUCAAUUCUUGGCGAGAAAACGAAAACCGGGAGUUACAAAAUAAUCUAGUCAUUAAGGAAGAUUAG